AGUCACAAGAGGAUGGGAGAGGAGCGGUCUGCAAGCAGCAGUAGGAGCAAGACCUUGAGACAUGUCCACCAAUGCUACGAUAGAUUCUGCUUUGGAGAUCAGCAUGCUGUAUAUCACAAUAAUGAUGGGACUCAUGGCAUGGGGGAUGGACAGAGGAGCUUUCUCCUGGAGUGGUAUUUCUGGAAUUUCUAGUGUCAGGUGCUACUUAAUAUCUCUCACAAGAAAAGAAGAAAUCCCUCUGCCUUUUAAUGUUCUGGGAAUAGAAAGAAUAAAGGAGACUGAGGUGAAUCCACCAAGGAGUAUAACAAUUUCUAGUUGUCUCCUUAAUAGUCCAACACUUCACUCACACAACAAUGUUACGUAGUUUCAUCAAAUGAUGAGUCCAGCCCCUUUCUUCUGCAGAAAAUGUCAG